AUGCGGUUAUCUUGGCAGCCUGCAUUUUCUCUGUUUAGGAAGCCAGUCAGGAGGCGAAGGGCACGCAAGGUCGAACGUGGACUGUUAAGGGACACAGAGAAGCCACAGCAAUUUGAAUUUAUCUUUGAGCAUUCUAUAAUAGAGAGUGAGACAGCAGACACCCCAUUAACCACCAAUUUCACGCUUUCAGGAGUGCCCGUCGAGCAUAUCACUAACGGUCAGUCCCAAGAUAAAGAGAGCAUUGAAGAGAUAGCACCUUAUGCCGAGACGCCAUUCGAAACAUACGGCAACGAAUCACCCGUGAUUCAGGGUGAGGAGGCUUCUCACAAUUUGGAUUUGAUUGAUAGACCGGCUGAACCUCACCAGCAUCAGAACAACGGCAAGAAUCCUUAUACAGUUUUACUUUUAACCGAAUCAACAGCCGAUAGACAACUACAGCCAUGUAAGAAGAGUACAGGUACUUUCGAUAGAAGGUUAAGCCCGCUCCUACUAGACAGGGGAUCCCUUCAUUCCUUCCUGGAGUUCUGCAAAAUCCCAUUGACAUCCGAUCUACGGAUAAACCCGUUUCGAUACCGGAAGGAUUUGGAGCCGGAACCAACCUUCCUAGUCCACGCAGUGAUGGCGUUAGCGGGCCAUUACGUCCAUAGUGCAUCAACCCAGGAUCAUCGCCAUGCCGCGUUUCAGCUGAUCCGUGAGAAGUUAGGCUCGUACAAUAACACGGAAGACGUAUAUUCUAUGCUUGAUGCAGUCAUUAUCCUGUUCUCGCUUGAUGAAACCCAGUCUGCAUUUGGAAACUGGAACACACAUCUUCUGGGUGUAUAUGGUCUUCUUGAAGCCUGUGAUGGUAUUGGAAUAUGGGCCGCAUCUACGAGGGCAACAGCUCAGGUAGCAAUUCUCACGUGGUGGUGGGACGCCAUAACUUGUUUAGUUUCAAGGGAAGACUGCGUGUUUCCUUAUGCAUACUCCAAGGCCGUGCUGUCAAAGCAUGAUGGUCAAGAGUGGGACUACUUCGGACUGUGCGGAUACCCACUAAGUCUCGUACAUAUAAUUAUGCAGUCGGCACGAUUGUGUGCAGAAAAGCGAAAGUCGUCUUCGAUGCAGUGCGCCACAUUUGAUACAAUAAUCCUUGAAAUUGAGCAGUUACUUGAGUCCUGGGAUCACACCUCCCCUGCAACAGCCAUCCAAGACGAAAAGGUGUUUCAAUGGAAGCUUGGAAGCAGUGUCCCACUGCCCAUUUUGUACCGUGCAAGAGCCAUUACAGAUCAUGUCUUUGCGUGCCGUGACAUAAGCAUGGUGUCCAGACGGGCCUUGUUACCGCUCUUCUUUGCAGGAUGCGAACUAAGAGAUCAAUCAUUACGCAGCAAAAUCGUGGAGUUCUGCUGUAUCUGGGAUAGGAGAAUCAGGUACCAUAUGUUCAGCAACACCAUACCACUGCUGGAAGAAGUAUGGGUAGAACAAGCUGUGAAGGGGUUUGAGAACGUCUGGUGGGGUCAAUAA